AUGCUCCUAUCCAAAACAAGAACACAAGUAAAAACAACAAGAGGCAGCACACAAAAAAGAAGGAUAAUACCGCCACCUCGGACAAUAUGGCUAAUAAUGCUCGUAAUUGGCGUGUGUCUAAUAGUCUUUGUGGAGCUGAGUGAAGGAUAUCGUCAUAGUCAUAAUCGUCAUAAUAGUCAUUACAGAAAACAUUCGAGGCAUGGUUAUAACAAUAAUAAAUGGAAGAAGAAACUGGUAGGGGGUGAGCAGGUCUUACCCACUAAAUUCAUAACAAAGAGUAAUAAGCAUUUAUCAUCAUCAGAACAACAACCAGAACCUUCAAAUCCAACACAUCUGAAUUCAUUAAAUCGUCGUGCUCCAAUUCCCAAAUUACCUCUUCCCCCAGAUGUAAAUAUCGGAACGGAUAUUAAUAUAGAUCAACUUACUAACCCGUAUAACAGCAUUCCUUCUAGUGGAGGAGGAGGCACAAAUGGUCAAAAUAGUCAAAAUGUUCCGAAUUUGUAUCCGACUAUUACAGCAUUCUCAUCAGCACCAGGAGCAGGCUUAAAUCCACCAUCACAAUCACCUAUUAAUGUUCCUGCUUCGAGAACUGCGCAACCAUCAAAUUCUGCCGCUACUCCUGACAACGCAAGUACUAAUAAUAAUGGUAAUCAAAGUACUCCAACUGCUACAGCCACUGCUGCGCCUACUGGUGAUUCUGUUAGUGUGCCCGCCACAACAGCUACUGGUAGUCCCGUUAAUACACCCGCCGCAACGGCUACUAAUAAUGAUUCCGUUAGUGCACCUAAUGACUCUGUUAGUGCGCCCACCACAACAGCUACUGGUAGUCCCGCUAAUACACCUGCUGCAACGGCUACUAAUAAUGAUUCCGUUAGUGCACCUAGUGACUCUGUUAGUGCACCCACCACAACAGCUACUGGUAGUCCCGUUAAUACACCCGCUGCAACGGCUACUAAUAAUGAUUCCGUUAGUACACCUAGUGACUCUGUUAGUGCGCCCACCACAACAGCUACUGAUAGUCCCGUUAAUACACCCGCCGCAACGGCUACUAAUAAUGAUUCCGUUAGUGCACCUAGUGACUCUGUUAGUGCGCCCACCACAACAGCUACUGGUAGUCCCGUUAAUGCACCCGCCACAACGGCUACUACACCUAACAGUGAUUCUGCAACUGGAACAAUAGCAUCCCAAACAGGAACUGUAGAUGCAACAACGGGAUCACCUACUCCAACAUUGAUUCCAGCUGAGAGUACAGUAGCGGCAUCAUCGACACCUGCUUCUGCCACUUCAAGUUCCAAUGAUAAUAAUUCGAAUUCUGCUUCUCCAACUGCUACAGCUUCAGGAUCAUCUAAUACAGCAUCACCAACUACAAGUGUAAAUGCAGCUGAAACGAAUACCUCGGCUUCUUCCCCGACCUCUUCAGUUCCAGGAUCAUCUAAUACAGCAUCACCAACUACAAGUCCAAGUGCAGUUGAAACGAAUACCUCGGCUUCUUCCCCGACAUCUUCAGCUUCAGGAUCAUCUAAUACAGCAUCACCAACUGAAAAUACAAAUACAGUUGAAACGAAUACCUCUGCUUCACCAUCUCAAACAACCUCGGCAACGACAUCUGUUGCUUCUGCCAUAAAUACUUCGACUGCUACUACUAGUCUUGCUACUGCACCACUUGUUUCUGCUAGUCCUACAAGUGAUAAUGCAUCAUCAGCUACUGGUUCUUCAAACACAAGAGGAUCAUCAGACACUACCACGACUACUACGACUUCAACAACUUCCCGAUCAACAGUUACCAUUCCCACAGUUAUUACUUCUGGUGGCAGCACACUUCCUGUAAUGUCGGCUUACUCAAUCGAUGUCCCUUCUUCGAUCUCACUCCCACCAACAAGAACAGCCAAUCCGAUUGCCAUCAACACAGAAACAACACUCCCAAUGGUAAUAGUUCCACCAGGUGCGGGAGUCGCACCACCUGGCACGGUCAUUGUACAAAUUAAAUUAAAUUCCCUGAUUUGGGCCGACGUAGUGAAUAGCAGCACAUUGGCCGCUCAGAUUGCCGUGUUUCUACCUAAAGAUAUCGCGAAUGCCCUUUCACUAGAUCCCGCUCAGAUUGUCAUCAUAAAUUUAAUAAAUGUAAAUGGCAAUGUCGUGGUACAGAUCGCUAUUCCCUCUGGAAGUGUCACUGCUCUGAAUAAUGUGCUCAAGAAUCCCACAAGUAGUUUUUAUACGGAUGGUACUCCGAUAUCAAAAUUGGUUGAUUCCACUUAUCCAAUUAUACCACAAAAUGGACCACCAGUUUCAUCUCCCGAUAAUCCAAAUGCCUCAAGUGGCCUAAGCAACAAUAUAGGCUCAGGUCCCGGUGGAUCGCAAGCAGCCGAAAAAAAUCCCAGUAACAAAGGAAUGGUGAUUGGUCUCGCGGUUGGUGGCUCGACUGUACUAUACGCAUGUGUGACAGCGCUGGUAAUUCGUGCGUACAAACGAAGUAAGACACGUGUGGUGGAACGACAAAAUGAUUUCCUGUACGGACAGGCGAUAUCAUCACCUGUGAUGCAAGAAAACUCGAUGUGGUAUCGGUGA